GGUCAUUAUACUCCACGCGUAGUACUUCCGGCACACAUGGUCCACUUGAUUGUUUGAUAACCUUCAAGUUCAUUACAAAACAGGAGAGCAGAAACACCUCAAAUUCUAUAAACCAUGGCGCCAGAGGGACUUUAUCUAGCGUUCCGUAGGUUUUCCCAAAGGAUCGUCAGGGUGAACCACAAUUCUGAGAGGGAGAGAUCGGAGCUUUUAAAUCGUGUGUCAGUGAGGCUGAAAGCGCAUCCACUUUACCGUGCAUACAUCGACUACAUCACUGAAAAUUUUAAAACUUUUUCUGAGAAAGUGAAAACUCAAUACAAAGGAGUGAUUGCUCAGAAAAUUCGGCGGACGAUCGAAUACGAGAACACGCAUGGCCACAAGUCUCUAAUCAGGUUUCUACAGAGUCUAAGGAAUGCUUUCUGGAGCAGGAAGGGGCCACAACUCUCUGCUCUGUUUGCAGCAUCCCUGUUCUCAUGGAAGGAAGAAAACAUCACAGAUCAAGACAUUUCAAGGUUAUUGAUGCUAAUGCAUAUGACAGAAAGCUUGAUGUACAUUGCUUUUCUACCUUUUUAUGUGUGUAUUUCAUUCACAGUUUAUGGAAGGUAUGAUGAUGUAUCUCCCUCAGCAUUUUAUCAAGUACAGAUUGACCUAGACUACAGGAAGAAGUGGGAUCAUUAUGUUGUAAAACUGGAGGUCAUUGAUCAAGACCCUGUGUCAAAGUCGGAGGUGGUCCAGUGGAUUACUGACUAUCCGGCAACAUGGUAUAGCAGGGAAUUUCUUUACAUUAGGAGAUUUAAAAUUGACAAGGAGAGGAAUGUGAUGGCGUUUGUGGCCCGAGCAGUGGACCACCCCGAGUGUCCGAAGAAGAACGACUUUGUCCGAGUUGAUCCCUACAGCUCCUACAUGGUCAUCAAACCUAACACCACAUUCGAGGAGAACGGCCUUGAGUAUGUGAUGACAUACCAUGAUGAUCCUCAGUUGAUGUAUUCUAGUCUUGCCUUCAGCUUUGCCACCAGUAUAGGAAUAGAUUUUGUGGCAAAGAUGCACAAAGCAGCCAAGGAUCUUCAGAAGAUGUCAGGAUUUCGACCGAGUUAUGUACCAAGCAGUGAUAGCAGUGUAUCUGCCACGAGCUCGGGGAAUUACAUCCCUAACUAUCAGUGAUCAUUCUGCUUCCUUGGGUCUAGUCAGGACUCAAUGUUUCAGACUUAAAUUACCUCAAAUUGGAAGAUAUUGCAGAAGAGCUACAUCAUAGAUUUAAACAUGAAUUAACAAAAAAACAUGUGAUCCUGUACACAAAGGCUCUAAAAAUUGGGCAGUUGUAUUUAUUUUUCUAUGAAAAAUUUCAUACAUUUAAUUCAGCCUAAACUGCUAUUUAUUUGAAUCAUUCUUUUUAGGAUUUUCAUUAUUGACAGGCUUAUAAGUUAAAUUUAUAGGCAUUGUUGAUCAGUUACACUGUAGGUAUCAUGUGUGAUACUAAAUGUAGAUACAUGUGUAUUAACAAAUGUAUGAGGUGUUCAUCAAAUUUUGAUAUAAAAUUCAUGCAUUUUGAAAAUUGUAUUUUAUUUUUUUUGUGAAAUUAACAGUUAAAAGGUUGGUUUUAAUAGUAAAUCAUUGGUUGUAUUGAAUAUCAUUAACAUGUCCAUUCCAUCUUCUUUCAUUUCUUUUUGGGUGAUAUAAAGUGUGAAUUAAUAUUGAUGGUAAUCUAUCAGUCAUAUGUAGUAUGUUAUUCCUAUUUGUGAUAUGUAACCUCUGCAUUAUUAAAACUGUUUGUGCAAA